CUUUAUUACUACCACAUCAUCUUUGCAAUGGAAAAGAUAUCAAAAAAAUAGUGACAACAACAAUCAUAACACUGAUAUUACUCCGCUUGCGAGAGAAUCUUGCUAUUGCAAUAGUGACGAACAAUGCUGCGGAACCGUUUGUUGUGAACUCUACGAAAAAUGCUGCGGAAGCAGUUGUUGUGACCGCCACGAUAAAUGCUGUGGAGAUGAAUGUUGUUAACUCUGUAUCGAUGAUACUUGCGUUUGAUACAUUCUG